GGAGCCCGCAACGAAGCGAGAAAAAAAAAAAAAGAAAAAGCGACGGGAAAGCGCAGGAAGGAGAGAAUGGAGCGUCCGAGUCCACGGGAGGAAUAACACGAAGAGGAAGAGUGAGAGUGAGAGAAAAGACGAGUGAAGAAGGACGAGGAGUGAAGAGCAAACUUUUUUACUUUUUUCGGUUCCUUUUCUCCUGCUCCGGAGGGGGGGGGAGACUGUCACGGACUCGGCCACGUUUGAAAACAUGGAUACACUUUCCCGUGAACGUCUGGGACUUCUUCUUCUCCUUCCUCUUCUUCUUCUUCUCCUCUCCACGGUGUCCGCGCAGAUGCCGACAGCUCACAUGGGGCGCUCUGAGAAGGGAAGUUGCACAUUUGAUGAGGGCUUCUCUCAGUGUGAUUACCAGCAAGAUCCCUAUGAUGACUUCGACUGGACACACAUCAACACCCAGGAUGUGCCCUACGUCUCACCAGACCUGCCGCACGGCUCCUACAUGUAUGUGGACGUCUCUCAGUACGAUGUCGGCGAAAAGGCCCGAUUUCAGCUGCCGGUCAUGAAGGAGAAUGACACCCACUGCAUCGACUUCAGCUAUCUCCUCACCAGCCCGGACGGGUCCAGCCCUGGCACCCUGAACGUCCUGGUGAAGGUUAAUAAGGGUCCUUUGGCCAACCCCAUAUGGAAUGUGACGUCCUACACCGGUAAAGACUGGCUGAGGGCUGAACUGGCCGUCUCCACCUUUUGGCCUAAUGAAUAUCAGGUCAUAUUUGAAGCGGAGGUCUCGGACAGCAAAGCCGGCUUCAUCGCCAUCGACGACAUUCAGGUGCUCAGCUACCCGUGCGACAAAUCCCCUCAUUUUCUGCGACUCGGGGACGUGGAGGUGAACGCCGGACAGAACGCCACUUUUCAGUGUAUCGCCACAGGACGAGACACGUCGAACAAUAAACUCUGGCUUCAGACGUUUGUUUUGAGUUCCGAGGUUUCCCACGUCCUCGAGCCCCCGCACCCCAUCGCCCCACCCCAGCUGCUGGGCGUCGGCCCGACGUACCUACUGAUUCAACUCAACGCUAACUCCAUAUUUGGAGACGGGCCUAUUAUACUGAAAGAGGUUGAGUACCGUAUGACAUCAGGCAGCUGGAUCGAGACUCACGCCGUCAACUCUCCCAACUACAAGUUGUGGCACCUUGACCCGGACACAGAGUACGAGAUCAGAGUGUUACUGACCAGACCAGGAGAGGGAGGGACGGGCAAAUCUGGACCACCGCUCAUCACCAGGACCAAAUGUGCAGAACCUAUGAGGACCCCCAAGAGGCUGAAGAUCGCCGAGACCAGGUCCCGUCUGAUCGCCGUGGACUGGGAGUCGUUGGGUUACAACAUCACCCGCUGUCACACCUUCAACGUCACCAUCUGUUACCAUUAUAUGACGGCCAGCAACCGCAGCAAGGCCGACUGUCUGGACAUGGACCCUAAAGCACCACGCCACCUGGUGGGAAACCUGCCGCCCUACACCAACGUCAGCCUGAAGAUGAUUCUCACCAAUCCAGAGGGACGGAAAGAGAGCGACGAGACCGUCAUACAAACCGAUGAAGAUGUUCCGGGUCCAGUUCCCAGUCAGUCGCUAAGAGCCACUCCGUUUGAAGACAGAAUUCUUCUCUACUGGAAGGAACCGGCUGAACCCAACGGAAUCAUCAUACAAUAUGAGAUCAGCUACAGCGGCGUGCGUUCCUUCGACCCUUCGGUGCCUCUCCAGCGGCCGGGGCUCACAGCGUCUCUGCCCUCAAACGCCACCUACCACCUGUUUUCCCAGCUCCACCCGGGCGUCACGUAUCAUCUCUCCAUACGAGCAUCCACCUCCAAAGGAUUUGGUCCCGCAACCACGCUCAACGUGACAACCAACAUCUCAGCCCCGACAAUAGAUGAGUACGACGGGUCAGAGGCUUUUCUGAAUGAAACUGCAACAACCAUCACUGUCCUGCUCAAACCAGCGCAGGCCAAGGGGGCGCCUAUAAGUGCGUACCAGAUUGUGGUGGAGGAGGUGAAUCCUCAGCGGACGCGACGCCAAGCUUCCUCUGACUGUUACGAGGUUCCAGUUUCCUACCACAGCGCGUCCAGCGGUGGAUCUCCAUAUUAUUAUGCCGCCCAGCUGUCCCCCAGCAACCUGCCCGAGCCGCUCCCCUUCACUGUGGGCGACAACAAGACGUACCAGGGUUUCUGGAAUCCUCCGCUGGCUCCAAGGAAGAACUACAACAUCUACCUUCAAGCUGUUAGCAGCACAGAGCGGGAAACUAAAACGCAGUGUCUGAGGCUGGCGACUAAAGGUGCUACAGAGGAGCCAGAAGUCAUCCCUGACCCGGCUAAACAGACGGACCGGGUGGUAAAGAUUGCUGGGAUCAGUGCUGGUGUUCUCGUCUUUAUUCUGCUGGUGUUGGUAGCCAUCCUAUUGGUCAAGAAGAGGAAACUGGCUAAAAAACGUAAGGACGCUAUCGGAACAACUCGGCAGGAAAUGACGCACAUGGUGAACGCCAUGGACCGCAGCUAUGCCGACCAGAGCACUCUGCACGGAGAAGACCCGAUGGCCGUCACGUUCAUGGACUCACACAACUACAACAACAGAUUGCCCAACGACCCUCUGGUUCCUACUGCUGUGUUAGUUCCGAUCACAGAUGAGAACCACAGCGGCUCUGCAGCGGAGAACAGUCGGCUCCUGGAUGUUCCUCGGUAUCACUGUGAGGGAACCGAGUCUCCUUAUCAGACGGGACAGCUCCACCCGGCCAUCAGGGUGGCCGACCUCCUGCAGCACAUCAACCUGAUGAAAACGUCUGACAGCUACGGCUUUAAGGAGGAGUAUGAAAGCUUCUUCGAGGGCCAGUCGGCCUCCUGGGACGUCGCCAAGAAGGAGCAGAACCGCACCAAGAACCGUUAUGGGAACAUAAUAGCAUAUGACCACUCGAGGGUUAUUCUUCAGCCCAUCGAAGACGACCCCUCCUCCGACUACAUCAACGCCAACUACAUCGAUAUUUGGCUGUACAGGGAUGGUUACCAGAGGCCAAGUCACUACAUCGCCACUCAAGGUCCUGUUCAUGAGACCGUGUACGACUUCUGGAGAAUGGUGUGGCAGGAACAGUCCGCCUGCAUCGUCAUGGUGACCAAUCUAGUGGAGGUUGGAAGGGUCAAGUGCUAUAAGUAUUGGCCAGAUGAUGCCGAGGUGUACGGAGACUUCAAGGUGACGUUUGUGGAGGUCGAGCCUCUUGCUGAAUAUGUUGUUCGCACGUUUACGCUGGAGAGGCGUGGGUUCAAUGAGGUUCGUGAGGUCAAGCAGUUCCACUUCACAGGCUGGCCUGAUCACGGAGUUCCAUAUCACGCCACUGGACUACUUUCCUUCAUCCGCAGGGUUAAAAUCUCCAACCCGCCAUCUGCUGGGCCGAUUGUGGUCCACUGCAGUGCUGGAGCAGGGCGGACCGGCUGUUUCAUAGUCAUUGACAUCAUGUUGGACAUGGCGGAGAGAGAGGGAGUGGUCGACAUCUACAACUGUGUGAAGGCUCUUCGCUCCAGGAGGAUCAACAUGGUACAGACUGAGGAGCAGUACAUAUUCAUCCAUGACGCCAUACUAGAGGCUUGUCUAUGUGGAGAAACAGCCAUCCCAGUGUGCGAGUUCAAAGCUGCUUUCUAUGAGCUGAUCCGCAUCGACUCCCAGACCAACUCGUCACAUAUAAAGGACGAGUUCCAGACUUUGAACUCGGUGACUCCACAGCCGCAGCCUGAAGACUGCAGCAUUGCGUUGUUGCCUAGAAACCAAGACAAGAACCGCUUCAUGGACGGCCUUCCUCCCGACAGAUGCCUCCCCUUCCUCAUCACGAUAGAUGGAGAAAGCAGCAACUACAUCAACGCCGCUCUCAUGGAUAGCUACAGACAGCCUGCUGCGUUCAUCGUUACCCAGCAUCCUCUGCCCAACACCGUCAAAGACUUCUGGCGUCUGGUUUACGACUAUGGAUGUACCAGCCUGGUAAUGCUGAACGAGAUCGACCUGGCUCAGGGUUGUCCUCAGUACUGGCCAGAGGAGGGCAUGCUGCGCUACGGCCCCGUCCAGGUGGAAUGUAUGUCCUGCUCCAUGGACUGUGACGUCAUCAGUCGCCUCUUCAGAGUCUGCAACCUCACCAGGCCUCAGGAAGGCUACCUGAUGGUCCGCCAGUUCCAGUACCUGGGGUGGGCGGGGCACAGAGAAGUCCCCGCCUCCAAGCGCUCCUUCCUGAAACUUAUCCUGCAGGUCGACCAGUGGCAACGCGAGGGAGAGGAGGGGGAGGGAAGAACCAUCGUGCACUGCCUAAAUGGAGGCGGGCGUAGCGGAGUGUUCUGUGCCAGCAGCAUCGUGUGUGAGAUGGCGAAGAGGCAGAGCGUAGUGGACGUCUUCCACGCCGUGAAGACGCUGAGGAACAGCAAACCCAACAUGGUGGACACUCCGGAACAGUAUCGGUUCAGCUACGACCUGGCGCUGGAGUUCAUCGAGUCGUCCUAAAUGAAAGAGGGAUGAGGAGGAGGUGGAGAUGAGCGGGAGAGCAUCUUGUCUUCAUCCUUCCCCCCCACUCUCUCUCUCUCCCCCUCUCUUUGUGUGUGGCCGUCUGUAGCAUCCAUCCUACAAUCGGCAGGAGAGAAACCGGCUCCUUGUCCAGUGUUGGUAAACAAAGGGAAACAGAAGGAGCAGCAGCGGAGGAGGAGGCGACAUCCCUCCUUUUUACUCCUUCAUGCUUAUUGUACAGCUUUUUUGAGUGCCAGCGGGGCCCCUGUAUGUUUGGGGCUCCAUUUAAAUGUUAAGCGUUUCACCCCCCCCCUCCUCGCAUGGACUCGAUGCCUCAUGCCGUUUCAGCUGCAGUACUCCUUUAGUCCUGCAGACGUCUCCCUUCUCCCAAUGCAAGAUGCCUCCACAGCUUUUGAUUAACUGCAACUUUCCAGCGGCGGAGAUGUCGGUACAUUUAUAAAAGAGCGGCCGAUCUCAAGUCUCUGUUUUCUGCUCCGUUUCAGCCGCAGCUUCAUCGUCACCUCGUGUUCCGUUUCUGGUCAGAAUAUUAUUAUGUGUUUGAGUAUUUAACAGCCACUUUGUACCCGUUUUACUUUGGUGACACGCAGAUACACGGAAGACAAAAUCUCAUCUAGUUUGCCUUUUAGAUAAAGAAGAAACGAGACUGACAACAGAUCAAAAAUAGAACGUUUACAUGAGUAUUAGGCUUUUAGAAUUUUUUUUAAUUUCACAAUAUCAUGAAGUGGCAACUUGAAAAAUGUUGCAUAGGAUUUUCACUAAAAUGUAUAAAAAAGAAAGUGUGAUAUGUAUCAUUGUUUCUGUUGAUUUCUGAUCGCUUUUAUAUUUUCAUUUAUCGAUCUACUGGAUAGAAGUGUCCAAGUCGUCUUUGUUCCCCAAAAUGUACGAAUCAGCGAACUUGAGAUUGUUUGGAUCAUGUUUGUUUCAGGGCUGGGCCCAACGCACUUUCAAUUCAGCCAAUUCACAAAUGGGAUCAUUUUUCAGAACGCAAACAUAAAUAUGAGAAACGUGAGACUGAGGAUUAACGCUCUUUCUUGAAGAUGCAGAAUAUCCAUUUGUGGUUUGAAGGGAAUUGGAAGUGAAGUGACCCCAGGCUUCAUUCGUUUUGUGCACUGGUGGCCAACACUUUGUUUUUUUAAUGUUUUACUUUGCAGCUGAUGUUUAUUCAUAAGCCAAAGACUUUGUGUAAAUAUGUCUAUAUGGAUAAAGCACAUUGUUUGUAUUUAUUGUUUGUUUACUUGCAUUGCUUGUAAGAACAAUCAUUCUUCAUUCCAUGUUUACUCUACCACCAGCGUUUCUUAAACCGAGGGUCAGGACCUAAACUGGGCUGCGACUUCUACUCAAUUUGCGUCCACGAAGAAGAGUUUAAGAGCCGCUGAUCGAAGCUGUAUAUUCAAGCAUAGAAGUAGUUUUUCAGUAUUUAGGUGGAGUUCAGUAGUAUUGUCUUGUUUUCACUUAUGAAUCUCUGUGACGUUGCCGUGGUUUCUUUGUGUAAAAAGCCCAUCGCUCUGUUCGUGGUCAGUAGAACAUCAGUCGGAGUAUUUUGGAUAAUUGCUGCGAUCCCUCUUAACGUCUUAGUCGGGAUAAGCUGUUUAUCUUCACCCUUGUAUCCUGCUCACCAUUAUUAUCCCUGGAUACACACUGACUCGCUGAUGCAACCAGGCUUAGUGAGCGAAACAUGCAGGACCGUGAAACAAAAAGAGAAAAAAAAAGACAUUGUGCCUAAUCAUUUGAAUUUCCUUGUUGAAACAAGCAUUUUAACAGCGUCCCAGACGACAGCCGGGGUCGUGGACGAUCAUUGUUUUACCUUUUUCGGACCAUGAUUCAGUGUGUUUCAUUCAUCAGAAUGAAUUCUUUGUGAGGCUCACUGAAUACCAGAUGUGUUUGUUUUGUUCGCAACAUGUUACAGAAGGAAAAAAAAAACUUUAUUGUAAAUAAAAAUGUUAGACGUUCCGCUUGGUUGGAACCAGAGAAGCUCUGCUCGCGAGGAUGUUAUUGUAAAUACAGAAUCAUGAGGACUCUAAAAGGCUCUAUUGUUCAGAGAUAUAGACGAUGGAUGCAAUGUCAGAACAUUUGUUCUGUUGUAGAUAAAAACGUCAGAGAUUGUACUCCUGGAGGAUUCAGCUUCAAAAAAAAAAAACUUUGACAGGUGUUGAAAACUUUAUUCUGUUGGUAGAUCAUCCAUUUCCUGUUUUGUUUUGUUUUAUUUCCUCCAGAUUUCUGAUCUGACCCAAAGAAGGGAAAGAAAAUGUAGAGGCCAUAACGUUACGUUGCUACAGUCGUACUUUGCCUUCAGUGGUUGAGCAGUGUGGACAAAGCUGAUGUCUGUUUUUAUCGCAUGCCCAGAGAAAAGUGAAGCCGCCGUCAGUGACAAGAAAUCAAACAAAGGGAAAAGUGAGGAGCAGAGGAUUCCUCCUCAAUAAACAUCAAGUCAUGGCCCCUGAGGAGACGUCACUGGAUGAGAGGCCAGUCUGAGUGUAAAAGUGAUAUUCAUGGUUCAUAAUUAUUCUUGUCUGUAAUGUUUGGCUUCUUUGCUGUAAUAAAGACCACUUCUUUAAUUAAAA